CACCCGGCCCCCAAGCCCGACUUGGCUGCCAUCCCAGCCCACGACCUGCAGGCUCAGGCCCUGGCCAAGCUGCGCCUGAAUUCACGCAAUUCCUUCCUCUUCGUGCCCCGCCGGGAGGGCGGCCCGGCUCUGCCCCCUGCCCAGAGCACCAGGCCGGGGCCGCCACCGUCCUCGGAGGAGAAGGCACCGAAGGAGCCCCCAAGGGCUUCCGCCCCGGCGCAGGAAGAGCUUGUCGCUUCCCCGCCGGUGCCUCUGGAUCCGUUGGUACCUGUGACUUACAUCGAUGACAUCGUGGAGCCGGACAGCGGGGAGCUUUCCACCAAAAAAACUGUGAGGACGGGGAGCUUGGCGGAGCAGCCUGGAGGAGCUGGCCCUGACCUGGAGAUGGAGUUCUCCUCCGUGCCCCUCUACAGACCACACUCUGCCCCCCAUCAGAGGGGAGGCAGCACCUUCACUGUUGUGCCCAAAAGGAAGCCCGUCGCCUCGGGGCUGCAGACUGAUGCCAGCGGAAGGCCCCAGCGAGAGGAAGAGGAGGAGGAGGAGAGCAAAGGAAAAGGCAAAGCUGUGGAGAACGCUGACGGGCCCCAAGCGGGGACAUCCCAUAAAAAGCGCUACCCCACCGUGAACGAGAUCGAAGUGAUCGGAGGGUACCUGUCCCUGGAGAGGUCCUGCAUGAGCAAGACGGGCUCCCGCCGCAAGAAGAUGAAGAUCUCUUUCAAUGAGACCAGUUUACAGACUAUGUUUGAGUACCCGUCAGAGAGCUCACUGGCAGAAGAAGAGGAGGAGGAAGAGGAAGGACAUGCUUCUGAAACAGAGGAUGACAAGUCUUGCACCUUUUACAUUCCACGCCCAAAUAGCACUUUGCAUCCCGAUACACCUAACUCGGAUUUAUCCAGCUACACCCCAAAGCACUCCGUGAAGUUCAGCGAGUGGCAGGAGCAGAAGUAUGAGGAGAUGCCUGCUGCAGAGGGACCCCCCACAAAGGAAGCUGAUUCCCAUGGGAGCCAAGUCAUGCUCACCCCAGCAGAGAAGGGCGGACUCUCCGAUUUCAGCAGCGAGCCCGCUCUGUAUUUUUGA